AAUGGGUGCAAUCGACAAAUGCUAAUCUCAAAAAGGCAAAAGGAGGUAGGCAUCCAAGAUAAUAGCUUUCUUCGAAGAUGUAGGUGUAGCGCAUUUCAAUAUGCCUCACAGCCAUGACUUUUGGAGGCAGUAUUCCGCGAUUGGCACGUGCAGCAGUCGCGAAGGCACGGCCACUAGCAUGCCACAGUGCGCAAAAGCCUGCGCCGUCGGUCCACGGUCUGGCCGUGCAGUCCAGCGGCUGCCCGCGGUGGAAGGACUCGCGGAAGACUCAAGCAGAGGGAGUUGAGUGGUUUGUACAGGUGGCCAAACGCGUUGCGCCGGAAUUCGAGCUUUACGAGUUACCACGCUAUUCAAGUAUUCCUCUUGUGAUUCGACGACGCAGCGCGGACGCAAGAACACCUUUCGACGGGCUUUGGAGUCCUCUGCUGAUCCGAGCUUCUGUAUGUGAAGAUAGGCGCUCCAGUCUUGUCAACGGACAAAAUUUGACGCCCCUGAAAGCUAGUCCAGGGCGCAGACACAGCACAGUGUACUUCGUGAAUAACCGUUCGUCGUCUCGGACAUUUCCGGACGCACCGUGUGUGGUGAUGUCACCGCUAUCGAAUUCCUGCUUCGUUUUUUCUCGCGCCGGGAGAAAAUGGAAGCUAUGCGCGAAACCUGGCGGUGCAAACGAGAUAGACCUGAGGACAUCGUCGGAAACACUGGGUACGUGGCUCCACUCGGUAUACUCUGCUGAAAAUCGACUUUCGCACAAAAUGGGCCGGCUUGAGGACCUUUUCGUAAAUUCAACAACGAGCACGGCACUAAGAAAGCACCGAACACUUCUAGUACAGUUGCUACAGCUUCCAAUUCCGAGGAAGUUGUCGUGCCGUCGGGAAAUCGACUCUGCAACGGCUUCUGAUGCCUGGAACGCGCGCUUUGGCGACCGUCGAUCUUUUGUUCGCGGGCCAAUGAAGCGUACUGAUUGUCGCCGGCAGAAGGGGCUACGGCGGCUUUACUACUCCAUCAUGAGGACGGGAGGAGCUGAGCUGCCGAGAAACUCCUGUGGUGUAGAUUACUUGAUCAUCAUGCUGGAUACGAACGAAAAUCCGCUAGCGCUUGGUGGAAUCGGAAUGAUUCCUCUUGCAACGACUGGACCUGAAUUUCUGCUAAGAAAGUCUCAAGCUGGAGAACCUGUGCUGAAGCAGCAGGUCAUCGCGGUUAUCGAUCAGAAUAAUCAUAUCGUUGGGGGCGAUUUCAAGGACCACGCAUCGGAGUUUUUCUUUUUCUUUUCCAAGGAUGUCGUCUCAAACCGCAAUGUAUUGGAAACCGAACUUGCAUCUUUUUUCAAUAGAAUUUUCACGAAGUGGGAUAAUUGCACAGUUUCAAAAGCGCAUGAAGAUAAGGAUGAAAAGUUCUCAUUCUACAAGUAGUCUCCUGGAGGUGGAACUCGCAUCUUUUUUCAACAGAAUUUUCACGAAAUGGGACAAUUGCACAGUUUCGAAAGACCAUGAAAACAAG